AUGAGCCCUACCCUUACCCAUGUACAAGGAAUGUUUAAGGCACGGCACGAAAAUUGUAACAGCAACCAACCACCAUACUUGAACUUUUUGAAAAUGUCUAUGGAAUUAGAUCAAUCAUUGGAUGCAAUUAUUGCUUCAAAGCCCAAAGGAGGAAUUAGAAAGCGCCAAACUCGUAUUAACAAGCCUAAAGCUUCCAGAACAAACAAAUCUUCUAACGAUACUGUUUCUACGAUAAAAUCAGUCAUUUCCGAGGAGUCGAAAAUCAUUGUAUCUAACUUACCUCCCGAUGUCACAGAAGCUCAAGUUAGAGAGCUUUUUGUAAAAUCGAUUGGUCCUUGCAAACGUGUGUCUUUGGCAUAUGGUCCAAACGGUCGCUCGAAGGGUAUCGCUACAGUUAUCUUUUCUCGCCAAGGUGACGCUACCCGUGCUUAUGAACAAUAUGAAGGACGUAUGGUUGAUGGUACUAGAAAGAUGAAAAUUGAGAUUAUCCUUGAUCCUAGCCGUCAAUUAAAUUCACUAGCCGCUCGUGUUGCACCUGCUAAAGCGAACACUCCCAAUAAGCCUAAGACCACUAAGAAAAGGAACGUUCGCCGUAGUAAGGGCAAUACCCGUCCUAAGAAAUCCGCUGAGGAACUUGAUAAGGAAAUGGAUGAUUACUUCGGAUCGAACUCCGAGAACAAGUAA